UUUAUCUUCUUUUCUUUUCGAUAUGCAACAACCUCCACUUUUAUCAAGGACAGCUACAGCGCCUGUCAUUACAGAAGCCAUCAAAACAACAGCUUCACCGCCUAUUGUGAACGAACCUUCCCCUAGACUUCAAUUUAAACUAUCCAAACAACGUCCCCUUCAUUUUAGAGCAAGACUCACACAAUUUGAUCUGACCAAUCCAGACAGAUCCAACGAUGCCUUUCGUGGAUUCUAUACCUUGUUCUGGAUCGCAAUGGGUCUUUAUAUCAUUCAAUCCCUGGUACGAUGUUAUGAACAAGAAGGUAUUUUGCUUAGCCUGGGAUUCUUUCGGCUGUUCUCUAGAGAUGGAUUGGCCCUGCUGAUCUCGGACUUGAUUAUGGUAUCCAUGACAACAUUCAGUGUGCUUUUCUCUAAAAUGCUUGUUUGGCAAGUGUUUGAUUAUGAGAAAGUGGGAUUUAUUAUACAACAUGUCUGUCAAGCCUUUUUCUUGUUUAUGAAUAUCUAUUGGACAUUUUGGAGAGACUGGCCUUGGGUACAAUCUGGAUUUUUUACGAUGCACACGAUUGUCAUGACAAUGAAAAUGCACUCUUAUACCGCACUCAACGGGGAUUUAUCCGUCAAACUUAGACGAUUGCAGCACCUGAAAAAACAAUUGCCUCAACAGAUUGCAUCAGGCACAGAUCAGACAGAUAUAGACCAUAUGGAAGCCGAAAUUCAGUUUUUAGAGGGCGAAUUAGUCCAUGGCAACACACGGUACCCCGACAAUGUCACUCUAUUGAACUAUUUGGAUUAUCUGAUUGUGCCUAGUUUAGUCUAUUGGAUGGAAUAUCCUCGAACAGACAAGAUUCGAGUCUGGUAUAUUUUUGAAAAGACAACAGCUACCCUUGGCUCCUUUUUGAUAUUAUAUGUUACUACAGAACGUUUUAUUUUACCUAAACUGUAUGAUCCCAACAUGUCUGAGCCCCGUGUCAUUUUAGAACUCUUGUUUCCUUUUAUGAUCAAUUACUUGUUUAUCUUCUAUAUCAUUUUCGAGUGUAUUCUGAAUGCAUUCGCAGAAUUAAGCAGGUUUGCUGAUCGAAAUUUUUAUGAUGAUUGGUGGAACAGUAUCACUUAUGACGAAUUUGCUCGUAAAUGGAACAAACCUGUGCAUCAUUGGCUACUAAGACAUGUUUAUGCUCAAUCGAUUGAAUCCUACAACCUCUCAAAAACCAAUGCUACCUUUGUCACUUUUCUACUCUCUUCUAUAUUUCAUGAACUGGUGCUGAUCAUUGCCACACACAAGAUUAGACUGUACAUGUUUGCGAUCCAAAUGCUUCAACUGCCCUUGAUUGUGAUUGGAAGAAUGCCUAUCUUCAAAAACCGAUUUUGGCUCGGUAGUUCGUUUUUCUGGCUAAGUAUGUUUGUUGGCCCUCCUUUGUUAGGCAUUUUGUAUUGCCGUGAAGCCUUUUGGGCUUCUUGGGCCAGUCCUUCAACGACGGCUGUUUAUAUGUAAUCAUGGCUUUAUUAAAGACUUUAAUA